AAAAAUGGAGGUCAACAUUAUCCUAAAUGUUGAUGAGGUUUCUUAAAUACACAAAAAGUAAAUGUUUGUGUAUUUUUAAAAAGCAUUCGACUGGCUGAUUUCCAUAUAACGUGGUACAAUCUACGUCUGCCUGUUGUUGGCAGAUAUUCUGCCAUGAAAAAGAUGUACCAUCAAGCGAAUAACGCCAAAUAUAUAUAGUUUAUACAAUCAUAUGCACAAUUUCUGAAUAUUAAUUUGUAAUCAUUUGAUGUUUUGUAUAGGGAUUUUCCAUUGUUUCAUUUUUAUGAUCAGUUUUGACUUUUACUUCUGAAAACGAGCAGUUUUUUUCCAUGUGCUCUGGUCUGUGAAGUCAAAACAAGUAAUGAAGCAUAUUCAGCAUGGUGCCAGCAGACCGAAUGCACUUUUGUGUUUUGGCCAUGAAGGAAAAGUAUUACAAUUCUGACUGAAUUGUAAUAUGUUUUUUUUCUAUCUGUGUCUCCUAAAGUUUUUCUCUGAGACGGCAAAUAAAAGUGCUGUAUAAAGCAGGAAUUUAUGAAAAUACAAGCUGAAGUGGAGUUGGAAAAGGUUUUUAAAGUCAUUUAAAAAUGGUCACAGGUAAAGAAUCCAAAAACAUUGAUCAGAGGCAUGUGAGUGAACAGGUGAAGGGAGUGGCUGAACUGUGACUGUGCGUGUGUGUCCGUGGGUGUGUGUGCGUGUGUUUGUUUGUUAAGAGGCCAACGAAAACAGAUUGAAGAUAAACUGGUUGUGCAUAUUUUGUUUAAAGGGUUGAGAUGUGCUGAAUCAUUUGGUACAAAAUGGUUCCUUAAAAACUGGGUAAACAUCUAACUAAGUUAUGAAAGUGCCCAGUGAGUGUCUGUUUUUCUUUUCCAACAUGGACAACACAUCUUUUCCUGAUUCACUGAACGAUGUUUCAGUCGUACAUUUCAGAACUCAAAGGAUUCUUGUUCAUGUCAUCAAAAUGAAAAAACGCUUCAUCGUGAUGCGACAUUUACAUUUUGAACACAGGACUAGUUUCUUUUUCUUUUUCUUCUCAUCUAUGGUGUCUUUUGGUUUUCCUGUAAAGAAAAGUGCAGCAUGUACAUUUCUUGCUGACAUUUGAUGAGAAGUUUGACAUCUCUCUCGUGUCUGUAUUAAAAGUGAGGCUACAAAAAGUACCAACAGUAAAUAUAGUCAUUCUGCAAAAGGGCCCUUCUAGGAAUAAUAUGUUAUAUAAUUAAAUUAUACAUAUUGGUGCAUUGAUAUAUAUUCCUUAUUUUAAUGUUGCAGCUGAUAACAUUGGGGCUUGUCCUAUUGUUGUUGAUAUAUAAUAUAACAGCAUCAUUUGUUUUUUGACUAUAUUCUGAUGGGUAAUGUAAGUCUGCAAAAGUAUCUGGCAUCUUAUAAAAACAGAAAAAAGGGGAAACAAUUGGCCUCUAAAAUGUUGUUUAGUAUCAGUAUAAAAUUGAACUACUCAAAUUAAAUACUCAAAGUAAUGGGAGAAAAGAUUUGAGGGAUCAUGUAUUCAUUAUAGUUUCGUGACUGCAUCUUCUUGUCAACGCUUUCGCGUGACAGAAUCUAUCCACGGCCAGAUCGACACUUGGCAAAGAACUCAGAACCUUUUGUGGUUGUUCAUCGAUUUCGCCAGGAGCACAUUUUGCCAUGAUGACACACACACACACACACACACUCUCACAAGGUAGAAACAACACCAGCGGCCCAAUUAAACAAGCAUGUUGUGGUGAACAUCUAGUGCAGAUAUGAAAAGAAUGUCCUCUUUGAGAAUGUUUAAGACAUACUUCAGGGGUGUGGACGAGAACCACCUGUAUAAAAAGAGAUCAAGAGAGACACGCAGCACACACAUCCGCCUGACAGCUGAAACAUCCCAGAGUUCCAUCUCGACCUCCACCUGCAAAACUUCAUCACCCUGCUGCUCCAGCCAACCUCCAGGGGUUCCAUCAUGAAGACGGGUGCGCUGCUCUUCGUGCUGGCAGUUGCUGCCAGCCAGGUUGAGCUUUAUCUGUCUGUGACUCUUGAGUCUGGAGACAAGUUCGAUAUCAGCAGUUGUCCCAUCUUCUUUUAUGGGAAGGAAUACACAGAAGCAGAAGUGACCUUCCAUCCAGAUUCCUCUUUUUCACUUUGUUUCGAUAAUACCGAUCUGAAAGUCAAAGAGUGUCUUUUGAUGUCUGAUCAUGGUGGUGCAAACAGCUUGAAUGCACAAACCGUGAACUUCAAAAUAGAACCGCCAUCCCCACUUCAUGACGCUCUACCAAGCAUCACGCAGGCAUCAGAAUGCUCUAAUUAUUUCACAUUACAUGAUGACGACAAGCAAUACAUUGUAUUUAGUCUCUACAAAUUUGGCUCAGAAGCAGCUUUCGUAGUUCAAACAUUGAGCAACUAUUCUCCGGCUACGCUUAACAUGGAGACAAAGAUCGGAAACAGGACUAUGGGUUCAUGGUCGUAUACCAAGAGUGAAGCGGGGGACGGCGUUUACGAGGACCUGACCGGAUGCAGAUCAGGAGGUGUCAUUAUUUCAGAGGUCGCACAGAUAAGGAACCCAGAAAACUGCACUGUCUUGUCCUGUGAUGCCCACGAUAGCAUGGUUUUCCGUGGAUGUCCAGUUCUGGAGGUUUGCAUGGGAAACAACACAAAUAAAGAGUGUGUUCGACCACCUUCCGUGUGCACUGUGACUGGCUCCACUGUCAUCGAUUUCUUCAACGAAGUCCACUCUAUCCCUGAUCGGUGUGCUUACGAAGUGAUGAACAAUUCAGAAGUCAAGAUCUAUGCGGUUUUCGAGGAGCGACUUCUUGAAGAUGUGCUAUUUUUGAAUUACCUGCAGAUAAAUAUACAACAAACAGUAAUAUAUUUGGAACAAGGUGGCAUAGUUCGGAUUAACAACCAAAUACAGACGCUCACCUCCACGCCUCAGCAGCUUCAGGGCGUGGAGCUCUCCAAGGACCAGACCGGAGUUACUCUGAAGACACCUGCAACCAAAACGAUAGUCCAUUUUGAUGGGGACACCGCACAUGUGACAGGAGAAGAUGUAGCACGAUCCGGCCUGUGUGGCAACCCCUUGUCUGAAAUUGAAUCCAUCACCACCGUCAGCGAGUCGUUAUACUCACCAUUGUCUCCCACUGGCUGCGAUAAUCCACAAAGCAAAGACGUCGACAGCACGGUCGACUGCAGCGUCUCAAAUGAAUACUGUGGUCUAAUGUCUCAGGCCCCCUUCACUGCUUGCCACAUCAUUGACCCAGAGCCCUACAUAACCGCAUGCAAAAGCACCACGUGCAAAUACACGGCGGACAAUCGGGCAGUGGACAAUGUCGCCUGCCAGUAUAUGGAGGCUUACGCCAAGGCCUGUUUCCUGAAAGUUAACGUCACACUGGGGGACUGGAGGUCAAAUGCCAGCUGCUCUGCUACCCGUCAGGCCUCCUGUCUGGACCACUACUGCAGUGAUCAUGAGUUCUGUGUCGAGAAGCUCGGUGAAGCCGGCUGCUCCUGUCGGGCCGCCUUUGCCUCCAAGUACCAUUCAACAGACACUUUAGGCGAGCCGACAGUCUGCAUGCAGAGCUCUAUCAAAGUAACACUGGCUGAAUGUCUUCUGUGGGAUAAGGGCCUCGACUCCUCAACCUUACACCUCAACGACCCGGACUGCAAAGGUCACUCGGACAACCAGACCCACAUGUUGACAUUCCUCCUCGAAGGGGACGCCUGUGGGACGGAGGUCAUCAAAAACGACAGCCAUGUCAUCUACAAGAACAAGAUCACGAUGGGGAACAGCUCCUUGAAUGAAACCAUCACCCGCCAGAAACAGGUGGAGAUCGACUUCUCCUGCGCUGUCAUACAGCCAGAGAUCCAGAGUGCGUCUUUUAGGAUCAAAGACAGCUUUGUGUUUCAGCACAUUGAAACUGAAGUUUUGAAUUACACUGUGAUGAUGACCGCCUACACCGACGCCGGCUUCAAUCACCAUGUCGAGAAUGACACUGACAUCCAGCUGAACCAGAGGAUCUGGCUGGAGAUGAAGAUGCAGGGGCUGGACGACAACACGGUCGCCGUGGUGACCGACUCCUGCUGGACAACCAACCAGUCGUCCCCUAAUAGUAGUCUGUCAUACUACCUGGUUAUUGACAGAUGCCCGAACCCCGCUGACCAGACGGUGGAGAUGGAGGGAAACGGACUGGGACUGUCCAACUCCGUCUCUUUCCGCAUGUUUCAUUUCGCAGAUGAAAGUAGUGGGGCAAAUUCUGAAAUCUACCUGCACUGCAAACUGGUGCUGUGCCCCAAGAGCCCAUCCUGCGCUCCGGUAUGCGGUGCCACUGGUCUCAGGAAACGCAGAUCUUCCAAGCCUGGAUAUGCAGAGGGAGGCCAAGCCCUCAUCACCAUGGUCUGGAAUAAUUAGGUGAAGACAGCUCCCCUUUUGAUCACGGUGAUUCCUGACUUAAGAUGGAGCCUGAAAUGGAACAUAAUCUUUGGUGAAAUAAUAGAAGUGAAGAGUGCAAUGAAGAACAUUAUAUGAAGAAGGGUUUAGAGGGUUUUAUUUACCAUAUGCACUAUACUUCUUGGUACUGUGGGUUCUUUAUGAAUAUAUAUAAUUCCUUCUGUAAUGUACUGUUAGCUACCUUAAAUGUGAACAGCCUGAAUGCUACCUGCUGAAAACAGAAAGAGAAUAUCUGUGUUUUAUUGAAAUGAAGUAAAAAGAAGUGUCAG